ACCGACGUACUGCUGCCAGAACUCGUUCAAAAUGGAGAUCGUGUAGUUGAAUUCGCAGCCAGUUUGCGCUAAAUUUAAACGAGUAACGAGUAUCAUUAAGGUGCUUGCCAUGUCGAAUCUAUAUUCCAAAAUUGGUACCAAACCAGUGAAACGAUUUCAAGACAACAUUGCUGUGACUCAAACAAAUGCCUGGGUGAACGCGGAAUCUCCUAGCAAUGUGUCAGGAUCACCGCCGUCAGUAAGCCCAAUCCCGUCAUCGGUAAUCUUACAAAGGGAGGGUGCGAUAAAUCAACCCUUGAGCACACCUGCUUCUCCUUUAUCGUCGCUCUCCUCACCAGUAGCUCAGUUGAACCUCUUAUCAACGGAAGAUUGUACACAAGAUCCUAACUGGCAAGCCACAAAACCCACCGUUCGGGAACGGAAUGCUGCCAUGUUCAACAAUCAUCUCAUGGCUGAUAUUCAGUUCAUUGUAGGCAGUCCAGGUCACACGCAAUCUAUACCUGCUCAUAAAUACGUACUAGCAACUGGAAGUUCUGUAUUUUACGCUAUGUUCUAUGGUGGCCUAGCAGAAAAUAAAAUGGACAUAGAAGUACCUGACGUUGAACCAGCUGCAUUUCUAGCCCUUCUUAGGUACAUGUACUGCGAUGAGGUUCAAUUGGAGGCAGACACAGUUUUAGCAACUUUGUACGUCGCCAAGAAGUACAUCGUACCUCACUUAGCGCGAGCGUGCGUUAAUUAUUUAGAAACUAGCUUGACAGCGAAAAAUGCGUGUCUAUUACUUAGUCAAUCUCGACUCUUCGAAGAGCCGGAUUUAAUGCAGAGAUGCUGGGAAGUUAUCGAUGCUCAAGCGGAAAUGGCCCUGAGGUCUGAGGGUUUCGUGGAGAUCGAUAUUCACACUCUGGAGUCUGUAUUGUCCCGAGAAACUUUAAACUGCAAGGAAAUUCACUUGUGGAAUGCAGCAUUAAGAUGGGCUGCUGCAGAAUGUAUAAGACGAGACCUGGAGCCCAUCCCCAGCAAUCAAAGGCGACUACUGGGCUCUGCCUUAAAUUUAAUUAGGUUACCGGCUAUGAGUCUCGAGGAAUUUGCCAACAGUGCUGCGCAAACUGGGAUUCUCACACAGCAAGAAACAAUCGAUAUUUUUCUCCACUUCAUCGCCAGCACAAAACCCCCACUCUGCUAUCCUGUCAAACCCAGACAGGGUCUGAAAACUCAGGUCUGCCACAGAUUCCAGUCGUGUGCGUACAGAUCGAAUCAGUGGCGCUAUCGAGGCAGAUGCGAUUCGAUCCAAUUUAGUGUUGACAAACGAAUUUUCGUCGUCGGGUUUGGACUUUAUGGAAGUUCGUCAGGUGCGGCUGAUUACAACGUGAGGAUAGAAUUAAAGAGGCUGGGGCGAGUUUUAUCGGAGAACAAUACGAAAUUUUUCUCCGACGGCUCGAGUAACACUUUCCACGUCUAUUUCGAGAAUCCGAUUCAAAUUGAGCCAGAGUCUUUUUACACGGCAAGUGCAAUAUUAGAUGGAGGAGAGUUGAGUUAUUUUGGUCAAGAAGGAAUGUCCGAGGCAACAGUGGGGACUGUGAAUUUCCAGUUCCAAUGCAGUUCCGAAAGCACAAAUGGAACUGGAGUCCAGGGCGGACAGAUUCCCGAACUUAUUUUUUAUGGACCACCAACGGAGGAAUGACUUAGCCUCUCUACGGGAAAUUAUGGUUUAACUGUUGCUCCAUCGACUUGUUUGUAAGCGAAAGUAUGCGUUUCGUUUCGAAAUGGUUGUCUUACAUUGCAGGGUAAAGAAUUCUGUUUUUGAGCUUUGUUGGAAAGUACGAGAGAAAGUAGAAAUAGUUUAAGAAUGUUAGCUUCGUCGAUUUGAGAGGCACUGUAAAUUAGAAGGAAACGUUUGUCUUUUGUAAAAAUAGAAUAAGGUCAACGAAAAGUAUUAUCGACGAUAAGAUUAAGGCUUCUGCAUUUCUAAGUCGCGAGAAAAACCACCGAGUGAAUUUAAGCGAUAGGGAACCUGAGAUUUUUUCUUCGCAAAUCACUGCCUUUUGACAGUAACCUUAAAAAGCAAAACAUUUAUAGAUUUAAUCUAGAAGUAUACUGCAGUAAAGUGUAUUGUCUUGUUAUUAACACCUUGUAUGUACUUGAAAGGACAUUGGAGAAAUUGCGUUGAGUUGAGAAAAAAAUUAUAGUGUCGAAAUGAUUAGAGUAGCGACUAUUUUUACUGAGCGUGUGAAAUACGACGUCCAAUAGGAAACGAUUUCUGUGCCAAAAAUUUCGAGCGCAAAAGUCGUCGACCUUCUUCGAAUCUUUCAGUCUAAUAAGAUGUUACGCGAACUAUUGUACGAAUAAUAAUUCUAUUUUUCUGCACACAGAUCAAUCGCUGACUUAAGUGUGUACGUAUUAAUUAAAGAUAUUUGUCCUCAUUGCUA